ACCGCUCUACAACUUGGAGAUUUUGGACUCUGUCUUCAGCUGGACACUCCCUCCCUGCACCAUGUCUUACAGUUGUUGCCUGCCCAGCCUGAGCUGCCGCACCAGCUGCUCCUCCCGGCCCUGCGUGCCCCCCAGCUGCCACGGCUGCACCCUGCCCGGGGCCUGCAACAUCCCCGCCAAUGUGAGUAACUGCAACUGGUUCUGUGAGGGCUCCUUCAAUGGCAGCGAGAAGGAGACCAUGCAGUUCCUGAACGACCGCCUGGCCAGCUACCUGGAGAAGGUGCGUCAGCUGGAGCGGGACAACGCGGAGCUGGAGAACCUCAUCCGGGAGCGGUCACAGCAGCAGGAACCCUUGGUGUGUGCCAGCUACCAGUCCUACUUCAAGACCAUUGAGGAGCUCCAGCAGAAGAUCCUGUGCAGCAAGUCUGAGAAUGCCAGGCUUGUGGUGCAGAUCGACAAUGCCAAGCUGGCCUCAGAUGACUUCAGGACCAAAUAUGAGACCGAGCUGUCCCUGCGGCAGCUGGUGGAGUCGGACAUCAAUGGCCUGCGCAGGAUCCUGGAUGAGCUGACCCUGUGCAGGUCUGACCUGGAGGCCCAGGUGGAGUCCCUGAAGGAGGAGCUGCUCUGCCUCAAGCAGAACCAUGAGCAGGAGGUUAACACCCUGCGCUGCCAGCUUGGAGACCGCCUCAACGUGGAGGUGGACGCUGCCCCCGCUGUGGACCUGAACCAGGUCCUGAACGAGACCAGGAGUCAGUAUGAGGCCCUGGUGGAAACCAACCGCAGGGAAGUGGAGCAAUGGUUCGCCACGCAGACCGAGGAGCUGAACAAGCAGGUGGUAUCCAGCUCGGAGCAGCUGCAGUCCUACCAGGCGGAGAUCAUCGAGCUGAGACGAACGGUCAAUGCCCUGGAGAUCGAGCUGCAGGCCCAGCACAACCUGCGAGACUCUCUGGAAAACACGCUGACGGAGAGCGAGGCCCGCUACAGCUCCCAGCUGUCCCAGGUGCAGAGACUGAUCACCAACGUGGAGUCCCAGCUGGCGGAGAUCCGCAGUGACCUGGAGCGGCAGAACCAGGAGUAUCAGGUGCUGCUGGACGUGCGGGCGCGGCUGGAGUGCGAGAUCAACACGUACCGGAGCCUGCUGGAGAGCGAGGACUGCAAGCUCCCCUCCAACCCCUGCGCCACAACCAAUGCAUGUGACAAGUCCACUGGGCCCUGUAUCUCUAAUCCCUGUGGCCCACGUGCUCGGUGCGGGCCUUGCAACACAUUUGGGUACUAGAGGCCCCAUGACCAGGAGGAGAAGAAAGGCAUCAGUCACACCUCAACUCUACUUCAUCCCAACAUCUCCAACAGUGACCACACUUUGGAAAGAGGCAGAAACCUUUCUAUCAACCCUGGCUUCCAGGGGUCAGCUCUAGCCUUUCACUGUAUUCCCUGGCUUGAUUCUUCAGCAUAAGGCUGCAAAAUCUGUCUUCUGAGUCACAUAGAGAGACCUACAGCAGGAUCAUGAUCAAGCAAUAUCUAUCAUCAUAAAGACACAUUUGCAUAACAUGUUAUACUUGAAUAAAACUUAAAUAAUGCAAUUUAGAGAAAAUUCCAUUAAGAGUGAUAGAGCUGAUGGGCAUGCUACGAAACAGAACGUAAUUGGAGCAAAUCUUCCUUGUCACUCUUGGUCUUUGGAGAUGCAAUAGAAAUCCUUUGUUAACCUCCUAAUAAACUGUUAUUCAA